UGUAUGAUGGAGCAUGAAUCCAGAAAUGGACGUUGAUGAUUAGCUACAAAAUUUAUAAUCACCCCAAAAUUAAAGGAGGCCUUCUUCCACCACAACAAUGGCACUCACUCUUGUCGUUUUACUCUUUUCAUUUUCCUCCUCACACUCACUUCUCCUUCAACAACACUAAUUUAUUCAUUCUCUCAAUAUUCUUGAUUGUCAGGAAAAUGCCGGGAUUGACGGCGCCAUCCGAUUACGCCCGCGAACCUCCCCGCCACCCUGCUCUUCUCGUUAAUUCCAAGGAGCCGUUUAAUGCGGAGCCACAUCGUUCUGCUUUGGUUUCAUCUUACGUGACGCCGGUUGAAUUCUUCUACAAGAGGAAUCAUGGCCCUGUUCCAAUUGUUGAUGACAUUCACAAAUACUGUGUUUCUAUCAGUGAUCUGGUUGAAAAUGCCACAGAGCUUUACAUGAAAGAUAUUCUGGAGCUUCCAAAGUAUGCUGUUACCGCGACGCUGCAGUGUGCAGGUAAUAGGAGGACUGCCAUGAGCAAAACUCGAAAGGUGAAAGGAGUUGGCUGGGACAUUGGGGCCAUAGGAAAUGCUGUUUGGGGCGGGGCAAAACUAGCAGACGUUCUUGAAAUGAUUGGAAUUCCCAAGUUCAGCCGCAUUUCACCACUCGGAGGAAAACAUGUAGAAUUUGUAAGCAUUGACAAAUGUAAGGAAGAGAAUGGAGGUCCUUAUAAAGCAUCAAUUCCAUUAAGUCAGGCAACAAAUCCUGAGGCUGAUGUUUUACUAGCUUAUGAGAUGAAUGGAGAGACUCUUAACAGGGAUCAUGGAUAUCCUCUACGUGUGGUUGUCCCCGGAGUUAUUGGCGCUCGUUCUGUUAAAUGGCUUGAUUCCAUCAACAUCCUUGCGGAAGAAUGUCAGGGAUUCUUUGUGCAAAAGGAUUACAAAAUGUUCCCACCUUCAGUUGAUUGGGAUAACAUCGACUGGUCUACAAGGCGUCCACAAAUGGAUUUUCCUGUUCAGAGUGCUAUAUGUUCACUCGAAGAAGUAAACUGCAUAAAGCCAGGAAAGGUGACUGUCAAGGGCUACGCGGUCUCAGGAGGUGGGCGAGGCAUUGAGAGAGUAGACGUUUCAACUGAUGGUGGCCAAACAUGGAUAGAAGCUUCCAAGUCUCAGAAAGCUGGCACUCCAUACGUUUCCGAUGAUGAAAGUUGCGAUAAGUGGGCAUGGAUUCUUUUCGAGGCUGAGGCUGACAUCCCAGAAAGCUCUGAGAUAGUUGCCAAAGCUGUCGAUAUAACAGGGAAUAUCCAGCCGGAAAACGUGCAGGUGAUAUGGAACUUAAGGGGAAUAUUGAACACGUCGUGGCAUCGGGUUCUUGUUCAGAUUGCUCACUCUAAUCCGUAGGUAAAGAGAGGGGUUGUCUGCCCUUCCUUUGUUUGUAGUUGAUUUUAUUGCUGCAUAUUGUCUAUUGUUGUUGAUCAGUUGUUCAUUGAUCUUUGUAAUAAAUUACAAUAAUUUUAAAGCUUCAAUGAUAAAUUUCAUGUCUACUUCCAGCAAUCAUAAAAA